UUAUGGAAAAGGGCUCUAGUUUGAAUUAAUUGUAACUUGAAACUAUCUCAAGUGUUCUCAACAUUCAAUUCAACAACAAGAUUAGAGUAGUAAAUUUCAAAGCUUCGUGGUGUUAGCUAUUCAUUGAAUAUUACUAAAACCAUUACUAACAUCCUGAUCAAAAGAGAAAAUUGAAGAAAAUGCUUUCAUUUCACAGAGUUCCAAGUUCCAUCAUCAGUUAAUUUCGGUUAUUUUUGCAUUUUAUUAGAGGUUUGAGGUUAUAUAGUAGAUUGACAUUGGUUACGCUGCUUGUGGAAAAGAAAUUCCAAGUUAUUUUAAUUGGUUAGUAGUUUAAGUGUUGCUAGAAACCCAAUCAAUGAUUUUUCAUUUAUGGUUGUUGAUACGAUAUACACAACAUGGUGAUACAGGCCAACGUUCUUAAAUUACUAGAAAAAUUGAGAUUCAGAAGGCCUCCAAAACCUCCAUACAGUCAUGUUGUACAACUAGGAGAUCCAGUGUUAAGAUGUAAAGCUAAAAUUGUUGAAAAGACCCAGUUGGACACUCCAGAAUUUAAAAAGCUCAUAAAUAACAUGAGGAAGGUAGUUAAAAGAUAUAAAUGUGUAGGAAUCUCUGCCCCACAACUAGGAGUAGAUCUGAGAGUCAUGGCCAUGACCUGUCCUGACUUGGAUCAAUUCGCAGGUUCACCUCAAGAAUACCAACUCAAAGGAAUGCAGCCAUACUCUUACUCUGUAUGGGUAAAUCCGUCAAUGAAGGUUUUGGACUACAAGAAAGAAAUUUUGUCAGAAGGUUGUGAGAGUAUGAGAGGGUUUUCAGCUGAUGUUGCUCGAUAUUCGAGAAUCCAACUGAUAGGUUGGGAUGAGAGAGGAGUGGAGAAAUCUGAGGAAUUGUCAGGCUGGCUAGCUCGCAUCGCCCAGCACGAACUCGAUCAUCUUGAUGGCCGAAUGUACCUUGAUAUUGCUCAUCUGCCCAGUCUUACUUGCUCCUUUUGGGACAGAGUUAAUCGGACUGGUGGGAAGGUUCAUAUAUCAUAUUAUCCCAAUAAGAUUUUGUCAAAGUAGUGUUUAACUAUAGAAUGGUUCCUUGUAAGAAGAUAGAGUUCUCUUGUAAUAAAUGAUUUUAAUGUA